AUGUUAAAACGGCUUGCCAUAUUGGGAGGGUUGUGGCGCAGGACUGAAGGCUUGAAGAAACGUUUUAUUCCAGGAAUUUUUUUGUAGGCAUGCUAUUUAAAGGCCAGACGUUCAGUUGAGAAAUCUCACACCAUGGGUCUCUUAACAAUUGCAGUAGCGUCAGCUGUUGGUGCUGGCGGGGCGGUCGUAGCAGCCCCUUUUGUUCUUGGAGCCAUCGGGUUUACCAGCGCAGGAAUAGCGGCGGGCUCCUAUGCAGCAUCGAUGAUGUCUGGAGCAGCCAUCGCUAAUGGCGGAGGCGUGGCAGCAGGAAGUGCUGUGGCUGUCCUACAAUCAGCCGGGAUGGCUGGUCUGGGGACAGCUGCCGCAUCUGCUGUGGCAGGUGCUGGAGGGGCGCUCACAGGACUUGUGGCCCUCAUUUUUUAAGACGCACAUCAUUGAGAUGAAAAUAAAAACCUUUCCAAAUGAAAAUCAAAUUGAACUCAAGGCAACCAAUGUUGUUGAAUGAAGAAUUCUAAAUAAAAGCAUUUGAAAAGUA